AUGCGGGGAUACAAAUCCCGUGGACCGGCUAGAGAUCCUAUGACUGGUGAGAUGAUAGCUUUACCAGAUAUAGAUCCGUCAUUGCUGAAACUUGAACCUACUUCCAGUCCCAAGAUCCGUCCACCUUCUUCAACACUUAUAUUCGGAAGGACAUUCACCGACCAUAUGCUCACCAUUCGCUGGUCUUCUAAUUCUGGAUGGCAAGCUCCGGUCAUCGGGCCUUACCGACCAUUGGAGUUGGAUCCCAGUAGUACCGUCCUUCAUUAUGCUUUCACAGCAUUCGAAGGGAUGAAAGCGUAUAGGAAUGAAGAUGGUACCGUCAGAUUGUUCAGGCCGGAUAUGAACAUGGCUCGAUUGAACAGAAGUGCAGCUCGCGCGGCUUUGCCAACUUUCGAUCCAAAAGCUUUGGAAACGUUAAUCAAGAAAUUGGUCAUGUUAGAUUCAGAGUGGAUCCCAAAUGAACCAGGAUACUCUUUGUACAUUCGUCCUACAUUGAUAGGUACUCAGAACGCCUUGGGUGUUGGACCAAACUCUGACGCGCUUCUCUUCGUCAUUUGUUCUCCCGUCGGACCUUACUAUGCUUCUGGAUACAAACCCGUUCAAUUACUCGCGACUAAAAAAUACGUCCGUGCUUGGCCUGGUGGUACAGGUUCUCACAAACUCGGUGUCAAUUAUGGACCAGGUAUCGUCCCACAAAGUGAAGCUGCCAAAGAAGGUUACAGUCAAAAUCUUUGGUUGUUCGGUGAAGAUGACGCCCUGACAGAGGUAGGAACUAUGAACCUUUUUGUCGCUUUCAAAAAACCUGAUGGAGGUGUGGAAUUGGCUACCCCACCUUUGGGAGAUCUCGUACUUCCCGGUGUGACACGUGAUUCCGUUUUGGCACUUGCUAGAGGACACAUCAAGGGGGAAAAGAUCCCGGGUUUACCGGAUAAUUUGACGGUCACGGAGAGGAAAGUGGUCAUGGGGGAAUUGGAAGAGGCGGAGAAGAAUGGGACUUUGUCGGAAGUGUUCGGGACUGGUACGGCUGCUGUGAUUUCGGUCGUAGAUAGGAUCGGGUACAACGGAAGAGAUAUCACUAUUCCCACCGGUCCUCGAGGUUUAGGACCUAUCGCAGAGUCUUUGCUCAGUCGUGUGACCGACAUUCAGACAGGAAAGAUCGAACACGAAUGGAGUAUUGUGGCCAAUGACGUACGAUUGUAG